AUAUUGUCCAAAUAAAUCAAAGAAAUUAUACUCAACGACAUAGAUCGAUCGAGACCAUCAUGGCAUCAAGACAAUCGGCGAAGACGGAGAGGGCUGAAGCCGAAGCCCGGAGGGCGGCGGACGAGCUCAGCGAAGUCAACAAAGAUAAAAGAGAGAGCCGAGCAAUACGGCUGGAAACUGGUCAUCCCACCGCCGGAUACACCACCACCACCCACCGAGAAGAGGAGGAGGAGAGGAAGCCCGGCGUCAUCGGCAGCUUAAUCAAGUCGGUCCAAGGUACUCUGGGUCAUGCAAAGGAUGCCGUUACCGGAAAAGCCAGCGACACCGUGGAAGCCACCAAGGAAACGGCGGAGCAAGCGGCUCAGAAGGCCAAGGAGACAAAAGACUCCGCCGUAGGGAAGACCCAGAGUGCCGCUGAGCAGGCUAAGCAGAAAGCCGCGGAGGCAAAGGCCGCGACCGCAGGAAAGGCCGCGGAGUACCGGGAUUACACCGCUGAAAAAGUGAAGGAAAUGAAGGACGGCACGGUCCAGAAGGCGGGAGAAUAUAAAGACUACGCGGCGGAUAAGGCGAAACAAACGGCCGAUGCCACGGCUGAGAAAGUAAGAGAAGCUAAAGAUUACACAGCUGAGACAGCGAAAGAAAUGAAGGACGGCACGGUCCAAAAAGCGGGAGAAUACAAAGAUUACGCAGCCGAUAAGACGAAACAAACAACCGAUGCCACCGCUGAGAAAGCAAGAGAAGCUAAAGACAGGACAAUGGAUAAAGCAGGGGAGUACAAAGAUUACACGGCCCAGAAAGCGGGAGAAGCUAAAGACAAGACGGUGGAGUACAAAGAUUACACGGCUGAAAAAGCGGGAGAGGCUAAAGACAAGACGGCGGAGAAGGCGGGGGAGUAUAAGGAUUACACGGCCGAGAAAGCGAGAGAAGGGAAGGACACGACGGUUGGCAAGCUGGGUGAGCUGAAGGACUCGGCCGCUGACGCGGCUAAGAGGGCUAUGGGUUUCUUAACGGGAAAGAAAGAUGAGGCUGUGCAGAAGGCGGAGGAGAGUGGGCAGGCGGUCCGGGAGAAGGCGGAAGAGACUGGCCAUGCCACCAGGCAGACAGCGGAGGAGACCGGGCAAGCCGCCAAGGAAAAGAUGUAUGACAGCAAGGAAGAUGUAAGGAGGAGAAUGGAAGACAUGCAUCUCAAAGACGAGUAUAACCUUCAGGAUGAAGGUCGAUGGAGGGAUGAGACUGGGAGGGAAAGUGGGGGAAAGAGUGGGGAAGGAGUAGGGCUGUUUGCCGGAAUGAAGGACAAACUUCUGGGUACGACCGGGCCGAGGCACGACGACGAGAAACCAGCAGCGGGGGAACCGAGAAUCACUCGGGUGGUGGUGGACGUGGAUGAGACGCCGGUGGGGAAAACGUCAGCGACUUUGAAGGCGAGUGAUCAGAUGACGGGGCAGACGUUUAACGACGUUGGCCGUCUCGAUGACGAAGAGAUAGCAAAAUGGAGCCCUUGAUUAAGCUAUACAUAUAUAUGAUGCAUGAUAUGCUAGCUAUACUAGUACGUUUGGUUGGUUGUUAUGUACACCGAUUUCCUAUCGGCUAGCUGCUCUGUUUCUGUUCAAAUUAAACUUGUGAUCUUUUCUUUCUUCAUAAUUCAACAAUAAUGCGAUGUAUGUAGUAUGUACCUCGCUUAUAUUUACUCCCUAUAUUGGAAUAAGGAGACAUCCCU